AUGACAGUUCCGUUGGGCAUCGCGGCGGUGGUGUUGCAGAACAGUCUUUAUGAUGUUCCGGGAGGAUUCAGGGCGGUGAUGUUUGAUAGGUUUACGGGUGUGCAGAAGGAUGCGAAGCCUGAGGGAACACACCUUUUGGUCCCUUGGAUCCAGAGGGCUGUUUUGUAUGACUGCCGUAUCAAACCACGAAACAUCUCAACCACCACCGGCUCAAAAGACUUGCAAAUGGUCACCAUCACACUCCGUGUACUCUCGAAACCGGACACGGAACACCUCUCGGAGAUCUUCCAGAACUUGGGGUUGGACUAUGACGAGAGGGUGUUGCCGUCGAUCGGGAAUGAGGUAUUGAAGGCUAUAGUGGCGCAGUUUGAUGCGGCGGAGUUGAUUACGCAGAGGGAGGUGGUCUCGUCGAGGAUUCGGGAGGACCUAUUACAGCGUGCAGGGGAGUUCAACAUCAAGUUGGAGGAUGUGUCUAUAACGCAUCUUACCUUCGGAAAGGAGUUCACCCAAGCCGUCGAGGCGAAGCAGAUUGCACAGCAAGAUGCUGAGCGGGCCAAGUUCAUCGUCGAGAAGGCCGAGCAAGAGCGACAGGCAGCAGUUAUCCGGGCAGAGGGAGAAGCAGAGGCGGCGUAUACUAUCUCGAAGGCACUGGAUAAAGCUGGGGAGGCGUUUGUGGCGCUGAGGAAGAUUGAGGCGUCGAAGGCGAUUGUGCAGUCGCUGGCGGGCAACCGGAACGUGACGUACAUCCCGAGCUCUGGGGGGAAUGUGCUGUUGAGUGUGCCGUCAGACAGCCGGUCUUAG